AUGGUCGCGUGCGACGGCUGUGGAACCUGGUUUCAUUUCACUUGUGCGGGAGUGCAGGCUUCCAUCUGCAACAAGCCAUGGUACUGCGGCUAUUGUUCGACUCAAGGCGACAAUCAAAGCAGCUCAGCGAUAUCUGUCGGCUCAGGUAGCUCUAGUGCUCGUUUACGUUUGAGGCAGCUAGAAGAGUCCAAAGCACUGGAUGAUCGUUUGCUACUACAACAAGCAGAAAAAGAGCGAGCUUUUUUAGCUGAAAAGCACCGGUUGGAGGCUGAAAUUCAGUGCGAACGGCAACUGAAAGGAAGCACAUCGAGUUUUAGAAGCCGGCUCAGUCGUCGCAGUCAUCGGAGCGAGAUUAGAACCUGGAUCAAUCAAUCGAUGGAAACUCCACCGACGGUCGUAACACAACAAGCUGGUGCGUCAACAUCAACUCCCGUUGGGUCCUCCGGGAACGUCAUUCAAGCAAUAAAAGACAUGCGAUUGACCCAGCCAGUUCAGUCAAUCCCCCAGGGGAAUCAUCAGGAGGUUGUUCAGAAAAUCGUCGUCCCACCUCCGCCUACCAACACGAAUAUCGUACAUACCACUAUAGCUGUUCCACUAGGAACUGAAUUGAAAACAAGUGUUGCUCCUAUUAUAACCAACGCUAUUUACCCGCCUAAGCAGCCAAUUCCGGCACCGCAUCACGAUACUUUACGCCGAGAUCAGCAGAAACAACAUCCUCCAGGUCCGCCUAAGCAAGCACUUCCACCGACAAGCCAGUCAGGUCAAUUAGAGGUAGCGCUACCAGGCAUGAAUCUUACGGUGGGAAAGUCAGUUCCUGCCGUAUCUCAUUUAGAAGAUCGAAAACAAGAGAAAGCGUUAGAUAGGCAUCAACAAACCCAUCGGUAUAAUCAGCGCGACGGUCAAUUAAAAAGCUAUUCUUUGCAGCCAGCAGGGAACCACAAUGCCACGUCGCUGAAUGCUCCAUUGCCCCCUGCCCAGUGGCACUCAAGCGCUAAUAUAAGUUCCAUGCAUAGUCAGCAGCAGUUCCAUAAAAUUAAUCAGAACCCCAUUGCACCAUCGAUCAAUACUUUCUAUCCGAUGAAUUUCUACCCACCGCAGUAUUACACCGGAAUGAGUACAGGUGUGUCGCCAGCUUGGAUGCACCAACACACCGCGAACCAGCUGUCGGGUGCGACUGAAGCUAAUGAAGCUGUGCCUCAAGUAUAUGCGCCGACAGCGCAGCAUGAUCGCCAGCAAAAUAUGCAGCAAAAUAUCCAUCAGCCACUUCCUGGCCAAGCUUCGGGUAUCUACUUUACACCAGCUACUGAAGGAGUCUUGACUGCACAGCAACUGGCAGCACGUCAAGUUGUAUCACGCGAAUUGCCUAAGUUUUCAGGUGAUCCUCUCGAGUGGCCAAUGUUUAUCAACGCGUUUGAGUCCACUACGGCGAUGUGCGGUAUACAGCCAGAUGAAAAUUUGGCUAGGUUGCAAAAAAGCUUGGUAGGGGGCGCCCGGGAGAAAGUUCAGAGCAUAUUAACUCUUCCUGCAGCGAUUCCCGAGAUCAUUCAAACUCUGCGGGAUGAAUGCGGACGACCUGAACAGCUAGUUCAUUGUUUACUGGAAAAGAUUCGUCAUGCUGCUCCGCCAAACGUAAACAAACUUGACACUCUUAUAAAUUUCGGUAGGGAGGUCAAAAAUUUAGUGAUUUUUAUCGAAGGCGCCAGACUACAAGACCAUUUAUCGAAUCCGAUGUUGCUGUCAGAGCUGGUUGGAAAGCUACCCCCAAGCCUACGGUUAGAAUGGGGGCUUCAUACGCAGAAAGUUCCUCAAAUAACGCUAAAAGCAUUUAGUGAUUACGUCACAGCCAUCAAAAGUGCUGCUUGCAAAGUCUCGUUACCUUCAGACUGUUUUCAGGAAGAAAGUCGACGAGGUAGGAAGGAGAAAGGUGGUUUCGUGAAUGCACAUUCUGUUGAGGAGAAGUCUACGAUCGCUUCGAGCUCAAAAAAAGAGUAUCAAGCCAAAUUCGAGAACAUCGCUCCCAAACCAUGCCCCGCGUGUAACAGGAAUGAUCACAAACUGCGCAACUGCGGUAAAUUCAAAGGUUUCAAUAUGGACCAACGAAAGCGUAUUGUUGAACAGUCGAAACUAUGUCAACGUUGCUUGGGAAGUCACGGUAAAUGGCCUUGCCGAACGAAACAAUCCUGUGAAGUCGAUGUUUGCAAUGAGUUUCAUCAUAGCCUUCUCCAUUCACCAAAUCCGAAGCAGGCAAGCCCAGUUCUGCCAACAGGCUCGUCGGGAGUUAUUUCUGCUCAUUGUUCUCGCCAAGCUGGUGUUUUAUUCAAGGUGCUUCCAGUCGUUCUGUCAAAUCAUGGCAAGUCUGUUUCAACUUACGCAUUUUUAGACGACGGAUCCAACCUCACGUUAAUGGAAGAGGAAGUCGCUGAAGAACUUGGAUUGAAUGGGAAUAUCAGUCCGUUAUGCAUUCAGUGGACAGGAAGUGUAACCAGGAAUGGACCUACAUCACGGCAGGUAGAAUUGCGCAUUUCUAACGCGCAUGGUGGGCGGGAGUACACUAUCUCAGAAGUCCAAACGGUUCCUCGUCUUGACCUACCGCAACAGAACCUGGACUAUGCGGAACUUUCCAAACAGUUCCCCCACUUGAAAGGACUUCCUGUGAGCAGCUUUUCCAAUGCUGUGCCACGGAUUCUCAUUGGAUUGGAUAACGCAACACUGAAGUUGACCUUAGACAAACGCGAGAGACGCAGUAGCGAACCGGUUGCAGCCAAAACGCGCCUUGGGUGGACGAUUUUUGGCGGCGGACAGAGGGGAAUAAAACAAUCCGAUCGCGUAUUGUUUCAUAUGUGCGAUUGCACUGCAGAUGACACGCUUCACCGUCUCGUUAACAACUAUUUCGAUGUUGAAAACAUGGGAACAAAACCGGUCACAUCUUUAGAAUCUCCCGAAGAUCAACGCGCCAGGCAAAUUUUAAUGCAAACUACCCGGCGAACUGAGUCAGGGAGGUUCGAAUGUGGGCUGUUGUGGAAGAGCGACACAAUCGAGUUUCCUGAAAGCUACGCAAUGGCCGAGCGUCGCCUAGUUUGCUUGGAAAAGAAACUAGGCAAGGAUCAAGAGCUGAAAAGGAAAGUCGUAGAGCAGAUUGAAGAGUAUCUUGAGCGCGGCUAUGCACACAAAGCAACUGAAGAGGAGCUUCGUAAUUCUGAUCAACUUCGCGUCUGGUACCUUCCCUUGGGUAUUGUUCGGAAUCCUCGCAAACCUGAGAAAGUGCGCAUUGUGUGGGAUGCAGCAGCACGUGUGGGAGACGUAUCCCUUAACUCUAUGUUGCUGUCGGGGCCAGAUCUGUUGACUCCGCUCCUGAAGGUUAUGUUCCAAUUUCGACAACGGCAGUACGUUGCAGUAGGAGAUGUACGUCAAUGUUUCACCAGUUGCUGGUUAGGCAAACAGACCGACAAGUUCAAAGAUUCUUGUUUCGAUCGGAACCGGAACAAGCGCCGACUGUAUACGUCAUGGAUGUCGGAAUUCGAGGAAUUGUAUCCAGAAGCUACAUUGGCGAUUAUUAAUAACACUUACGUUGAUGAUUUUCUGGAUAGCAAGGAUACGGUAGAUGAAACAGUGCGGAUAGUAGAAGAGGUGCGACUGAUUUUCGGGUUCGAGAUUCGCAACUGGCAGUCCAAUUCUGAGGAAGUUCUUCGACGGGUCGGGGUCGACUUUAUGGAAACAACGAAACGUUUUGCGGCGGAGAAAUCGACGGUGGCAGAACGAGUGCUUGGGAUGUUCCGUGAAGAUCUUCAACCAUUAUUAACGGGGAGCAUCGUUCCAACCAAGAGACAAGUUCUUCGUGUGGUAAUGAGUCAUUUUGAUCCACUCGGGAUCGUAGCUUUCUACACAGUUCACGGAAAAAUAUUAAUCCAAGACGUGUGGAGAUCCGGCAUAAAAUGGGACGAUCCGAUAACAGUACAAAAUUUUGAGAGUUGGCAACGUUGGGUGAAAUUGAUUCCUAAUCUGAUGGAAAUUCAAAUGCCGAGAUGCUACUUCCCGAAGUACAACCUAGGAAGCUACGACACUCUCGAGCUCCAUGUUUUUGUCGAUGCUAGCUUGAUGGCCUAUUGUGCUGUAGCUUACUUCCGAAUCAUUGACAACGGUACACCUCGCUGUGCUCUAGUAGCUGCCAAAACGAAGGUGACUCCCUUGAAACCUCAAUCGAUUCCACGCAGCGAGCUGUGCGCGGGUGUGAUCGGAGUGAGACUUCUUAAAAGCAUUCAGGAGAAUCAUUCAAUUCCAAUCCAGAAGCGCUACAUGUGGACAGACUCAACAACCGUUCUGGCUUGGUUGCGAUCAGAUCCACGAAAGUAUCAGCAAUUUGUUGCCUUCCGAGUUGCAGAAAUUCAGUCGGAAACAAGCAUUGACGAGUGGGCUCAUGUUCCGUCUAAUCUAAAUCCCGCCGAUAAAGGUACCAAGUGGGGAAACGGCCCUUGUUUUGAUCCGGAAAAUUCAUGGUUCACUGGAUCAACAUUCCUACAUCGGCUGAAGCAUGAGUGGCCACGUCAACCUACCACAUUUACCGAUCCGCAGCAGGAAGUCAAAGCGAUUCAUCAUCACGCAGCAGUUUGUGACUCGACAAUAGAUUUCACGAAUUUUUCUCGCUGGGAAGAUCUACUGAAAAGGUUAGCCUAUGUGUAUCACUUCGUUCAUUGUUGUCAAAAGCGAAGAAGAAAGUCAACGGGAUGUAGAAUUGUUAUAUUAGAACAACGAGACUUCGAAGCCGCUGAAGCAAGUGUGUGGCGAUUAGUUCAAAGACAGGCGUUUGCCUACGAAAUCGAUGUCAUUCGCAAGAACUCCGAGUUAUCAGAGGAGAACAAGAAGUCCUUGAAAAGAAGCAGUGAAAUCGGAAAAUUGUCGGCAUAUUUGGACGAUAAAGGGGUACUGCGAAUGCAAAGUCGAAUCAACACCGGUGUGGCCUAUUACUCUUUCGAUUUCGUGAAUCCAGUGAUAGUUCCUAGAAAAACACACGUCACCAAUCUGCUGAUACACAAAUACCAUCAACGUUACGGACAUGCCAAUGUAGAAACCGUCGUCAACGAGUUGCGUCAACGAUAUUACAUACCCAAAAAUCGUUGCAUGGUGAAGAAUGUAGUGAAGCAAUGCGUGUGGUGUAAAGUCUACCGAGCUAAACCAAUCGCGCCCAGGAUGGCUAUGUUACCGCACCCAAGAGUUAGGCCGUACGUAAGACCAUUCACAUUUACGGGUCUAGAUUAUUUUGGACCAUUGACCGUGAAGCGAGGACGAACUAUUGAAAAACGCUGGGUGGCACUUUUCACAUGCUUAACUAUACGCGCUGUGCAUGUAGAGGUAGUCCACUCACUGUCGGCAGAUUCCUGUAAAAUGGCAAUUCGCCGAUUCGUUGCGCGGAGAGGCGCUCCUCAGCAAAUAUACAGCGAUAACGGGACCAAUUUUCGAGGGGCAGCUCGCGAACUUGCAGUCGAAAUCAAGACUAUCAAUCGAAAAUUAGCGUCCACGUUCACCAAUGCAGAAACUGAGUGGGUUUUUAAUCCUCCUUCUGCUCCACACAUGGGCGGUGUGUGGGAGCGAAAGGUGCGUUCAAUCAAAGAUGCAUUUAAAUCCCUUCACCAUGCUCGUCACCUGAACGAUGAGGAACUAAUGACCUUUAUGGCAGAAGCGGAGAUAAUUGUCAAUUCCCAUCCUCUGACAUUCAUACCCUUGGAGCAUUCAUCUGACGAGGCCAUAACACCGAACAAUUUCAUUCUCAUGAGUUCGAGCGGCGCUAACACCACUUCAAGAAUAUCGGUGAAUGAGAACUUUCCAUUGAGAGUCAAUUGGAAGAUGAUGCAACAGCUUUUAAACCAAUUUUGGAAGCGGUGGAUUCAAGCUUACCUUCCAACCAUAGCUCGCAGGACCAAGUGGUUUAGCGACGUUCGUCCGCUUCAAAAUGGAGAUCCAGUUGUCAUUGUAGACGAGACGGUCCGUAACGGAUGGUUACGAGGUCGAAUCACUAAAAUCUACCCCGCGAAGGACGGUCAGGUGAGGAAGGUUGACGUCCAAACGUCGUCUGGAGUGCUUCAAAGACCAACGAUCAAAGUAGCCUUGCUGGACAUCAUUGAGAGUAAGACCAUUAAAGAUGAAGGUAUUACGGGUCGGGGUGUUGCGAAAUGCGGGUAUUAG